AUGGGCUCCGUCUCCAAUGGCAGCCACGCCAGAAACGACACCGACUGCUAUGAGGAUCAGUCUUUUUCUUUGUUUGACGUUCACGUUUUGGUGCCUGUGACUAUGAUUUCCAUCCUCUUGUUUUUCUUGGGAGUUUCUGGGAAUUUGAUAACAAUAUUACUUUUCGACCGCUCGCAGGGAAUGAGAACGACCGUUAACAUGUACCUGUCCAGCAUGGCGCUGUCGGACACCCUGGUUUUCCUCGGCCCGCCUUCGGACCUCUACCGGAUCUGGAAGUACAGACCGUACAUAUUCGGGGAUUUUCUCUGCAAGUUCUUAAUCUACCUGAGCGAAACGUGCACGUGCUGCACCAUCCUGCACAUCACGGCGGUGAGCGUGGAGCGGUGCCUGGCCAUCUGCUUCCCGCUGAGAGCCAAAGCCACGAUCACGAAGCGCCGGGCGAAACGGGUCAUCCUGGCGCUGUGGGGCCGCUCCCUGCUCAGCGCCGGCCCCGUCCUCUUCCUCUUCGGGGUGGAAGAGCCAAGGAAGGGCUGUAAAGCCACUUCCCCUGCGCGAUAUAGAGAGCUUAGCGACUCCGGUUCGGCCAGGACGCGGGUGCCUGUGGCGUGGGGCAGAUUCAGGUUUUGGCUCUCCUGCCCGCGUUACGGCGCACCCGAGAGCCCCCCCAGCAGCGGCUACGGCAGGAGUCACAAGGAGGGCCAACGAGGGCCCAUCUUGUCUCACGGCACCUCUUGA